AUGGCCGAGGAGGCGAUGGCGAGCUAUCCCUACGCCGCCUACCACCCCUACUACCACUACCCACCGCCCAAGGGCAAAGGAGGGGCGGCGGGCGGCUGGCGCCCGCGGGGCAGCAGCGGCAGCAGCUACUUCUCGGGCUACGGGGAGGCGGCCGCCGAGUACUUCGACAACUACCAGCGGGCGCAGCUGAAGGCCAUCCUGUCCCAGGUCAACCCCAACCUGACGCCGCGGCUCCGCAAGGCCAACACCAAGGAGGUGGGCGUGCAGGUGAACCCGCGGCAGGACGCCUCGGUGCAGUGCUCGCUCGGGCCCCGCACGCUGCUGCGCCGCCGCCCCGGUGCGCCGCGGCCCCGUGAGGCGGAGCGCGAGCAGGAGCUGGGCAGCCCCGCCACCACCAACACCCGCGCCGUGCGCUUCCCCCGCACCAUCGCCGUCUACUCGCCCGUGGCGUCCCGCAGACUCACCGCCUUCCUGGAGGAGCCGAGCCCGGAGGCGGAGCGGCGGCCGCAGCAGCAGGACGAGGCGCCGGCCGUCGAGGAGGAGCCGGCCGCGCCGCGAGAGCAGCGGGCGGCGGCGGAGGCGGCUGCCGUGAGGGCGAGCUGGGAGAAGACCCCCGAGCAGCAGUCGUCGGCGGGCAAUACCCGCCUGCGCUUCCAGUUCCUGGAGCAGAAGUACGGGUACUACCACUGCAAGGCCUGCAACAUCCGCUGGGAGAGCGCCUACGUCUGGUGCGUCCAGGGCACCAACAAGGUCUAUUUUCGUCAGUUCUGCCGGACCUGCCAGAAGUCCUACAACCCGUACCGCGUGGAGGAUAUCACCUGCCAGAGCUGCAAGCAGACGCGGUGCACCUGCCCCGUGAAGAUGCGCCACGUGGAUCCCAAGAGGCCCCACCGCCAGGACCUCUGUGGGAGAUGCAAAGGGAAACGCCUCUCCUGCGAUAGCACAUUCAGUUUCAAAUACAUCAUCUGA